AUGGACUCACUCAAGGAAAUCAUCUAUACCCUCCCUUCUCCCCCACCCCGAACCCGCACAAAACCACUCACACUCAUCUGCGUCGGACCACCCCGCUCAGUAACCGAAUCGCUCAGCGUUGCACUCACACAACUCAGCCUGAAAACCUACCACGGCUGGGAUCUCGUCUUCGAAGAAGACGCGGGACACAUCCAGUCCUGGGCGAAUCUCGCACAACGCAAGUUCAGCAACCAGGGUGUACCAGAUGGAGACGUGAGAAUCAGUCGCGCUGAAUUCGACGCCAUACUCGGCGACGUUGACGCGGUCAUCGAUCUACCCGCAUCUAUCUUCGCUGCUGAAUUGAUAGCCGCAUACCCCGAGGCCAAGGUCAUCAUCAACACGCGCCGCGACCUGGAUGCGUGGCGGACGAGCGUCCUCAAGACGAUUGUCGGCGCUAUCGAGGAUAAAUGGAGUAUAUGGUUGUUGAGCAUAUUCAGUACCGAGUUGUACUGGACGUGGGAGGCGACGAUGCACUACGGCAUUCCCGGUUUAUUUCGAAGCACAUCCAUCAGGAAGGGCGUGGUUGAUAAUGGGAAGUGGAUAUAUCGGGAACAUUGUAAUAUGGUGAGGGGGUUGGUGAGUGACAAGGAGAGGUUGUUGGAGUGGAGUGUUGAGGAUGGAUGGGUGCCGUUAUGCAAGUUUCUGAAUAAAACUCCACCCACUUCAGCAUUCCCCAAAACCAACGAUCCCGCGUCUUUCGCCCAAGGCGUCGACCGAAUCAUGAAACCGCGCGUGAACAAAGCUCUCCGCAAUCUAGUCAUCUCAACAAGCUUACUUCUGGUCUUCGUCGCAAGUAUAUUCAAAUAUUCAAAAUAG